AUGAAGCGGCCGAUUAUAUCCUUAAAACUAACACCAGCAAGAAACUUCCUGAUUGCUUCGUUAGCCGCGGCUGUCUUAACACUCUUCGGCGACGUGAAGCUCAGCGACAAAUCAGCUGCCAGAAUCAAGGCGUGUGCAACUUCGAUGUUGGACUCCCAAAGAUUCAUUGAAGCGGCCGUUUUAUUGAGAGCGGGUGGUUUUGACGAACUUGCUUUCAAUUUGCUUUUAGAGAGUCGCCAGAUCGAACUUGCAAAGAAGUUCUGCAGAUCAAUGCUCAGCGGUGUUGAAAAGUCCGAGGCGAUAUUUAAACUCGGCGUAUCUUAUUACGUCGCCGGUGAAUUGGAAUCUGCAACGUUGUGUUUCGCUUCGAGCGGUGAAUUUCAUCCAUGUUUAUUUACGAUGAUUUGCAUGGGAGCCAAUGUUGAUGCUUACUAUAUCAUGCAGUACUUGGAUGAGAAUAAAAUGCUCUCCGAAAUGCAACAAAAAUUUUAUUCGUUGAUGCAAGAUGUUCCAAAAUUAGAUGAUUUGAGAAAAUCAAUCUUGGAUAAAUUUGUUCCUCCGAAAUAA